ACGGACUAUAACUGCGUAGCAUGUGAGUUGUGAGGCACGAUAGUUUUGCAUCUUUUUCCAUGGCUGGCAGAAAUGGAAGACAGCUACAGCCUACAGCGAGCAAGUAGGGAAUGGACUGGACAUGGUAAAGUUGGCAAUGAAUCCUGAAUGGACUGGACAUGGUAAAGUUGGCCAUGAAUCUGUGGCUCCGUGCGACUUGGCUUUGAUGAUGAAACUGAGCACUUCAUGGCCAUGACCAUGAACCAAAAUUUGAAAUACUGGUCUGCGCAUAUUGUUGAACUGAUUGUUGCACAGAUUAUCUAUUUUAUCAUAGGGAUAAAUUAAAUAUUUUAUAAAUAAAAUUAACAAAUAACUUAAAUUAAAAUAAUUGUUCUAACUAAUACAGUAAAAGAUUUUCUUUCAGAAAAUGUAUUUUCUAAAACAUGAAGCAAGUAAUCUAAUUUUGUAAGACGAUAAGUAAUCAGAAAAGAACUUGUCACGAUCUGGCAGGCCACAAGACGUCCUAGGUUUUAGCUCUUGUUAGCUGCUCCUGUUCUAGUAGAUUUUACUCUCUUUUACUCCCUCGUCACAUAAAAAAACAAUCUAGUAUCGAAUGUGACAUAUCUUAAUACUACGAUUCUAGAUGGAUGAAUUUGGGCAUACAUUCGUUCAGAUUUGUAGUACUAUGAUAUGUCACGUCCGAUUUUAAAUUCUUUUUUUAAUGGGGCGAGGGGAGUAUGUUGCACAUAUUUGAGUACACUCAAGUCGGCUGAUGAUUUGAGUGUAUAUGAUAUUAACUUUUUGUCACAAUUUGGUAAGCAUUUUAUUAUCGCUUCUUAUUUGUUGAUGUAAUUAUGAACAGUUAAAUUGAUUGUGUUAUAUGGUGAUUUGCUUUAAAUAUUUUUUUAUCCCGCUAUAUGCAUAGCGAAGUGGUGCACCCCUCAAUACCUCUUCAGCUCCGAUAUUGAGCACGCAUAUACCCAUUCGUCCCAUGAAAAUUCAAUCCUAGCUGUGAAUCUGGAUACUUACGUGUUUAGAUUCAUAGCUAGGAUUAAUUUUUCUUGGAAAGAGUAGUAUGUGUCACCUUUCUCUAUGGAGUAUUAGGGUUGUUUAGUUCCCAAACAAAAAUUUUCACGCUGUCACAUCAAAUGUUUGAACACAUGCAUGGAGUAUUAAAUGUAAAAAAAACCAAUUACACAGUUCACCAAGAAAUUACGAGACGAAUCUUUUAAGCCUAAUUACGCCAUGUGGUGCUACAGUAAACAUUUAUUAAUAACGGAUUAAUUAGGCUUAAUAAAUUCAUCUCGCGGUUUCCUGACGGAAUAUAUAAUUUGUUUUGUUAUUAGACUACAUUUAGGGGGUGUUUAGAUUCAGGGGUGGAAAGUUUUGGCGUGUCACAUCGGGUAUUAUAUAUGGUGUCGUAUGGGGUGUUCGGACACUAAUAAAAAACUAAUUACAGAAUCCAUUAGUAAACCGCGAGACGAAUUUAUUAAGCAUAAUUAAUCCGUCAUUAGCAAAUGUUUACUGUAGCACCAUAUUAUCAAAUCAUGGAGCAAUUAGGCUUAAAAGAUUCAUCUUGUAAAUUAGUCGCAAUAUGUGCAAUUAGUUAUUUUUUUAGCCUAUAUUUAAUACUUCAUGCAGGUGUUCAAACGUUCGAUGUGAUAGGGUGUAAAGUUUUUGGAUAGGAUCUAAACAUGGUCUUAAUACUUCAAAUAUAUGUUCGUAUAUCUGAUGUGAUAUAUAGGGACAAAAUUUUUUGCCAACUAAACAAGCCUUUAAUGGAGUUACGGAGUAUGAGUGGUACGGUGGUAGGCUGGUAGCUAGGAUAUUGUCCCAAAGUGCAUUUACUGAUGUCUUCACUCCUUUAACUUUUUGUUGUUGUAGUUUUUUCUUUUCACAAUUUUGUAAUGUCUAUUUUUAUAUAGGAAUAGGAAAAGUAAAACUAAACUAACUCUAGUCCAGAAAUGCUCAUCCAUCAAACCAAAGUAUGGACAAAUCAAUCACAACAGGACAUUGUUUCAACCAAGAAGAAAUCAAGAUAAAGUUGUUUUAAAAUGAAUUAGAAACAAAUGCCCAAUGACAAAUGUAUGGCUAGGCAUGUAAAAUGCUCUCCAAAGUCUGUGGUUAAUCUCUAUAGGAUUUUGUAAUAUAUAAGUCACGAAAAAUAAAUGAUUUUCUAGAAAAGUCUCUGUGACAACAGCUAGAGCUAUGCCUUCAUUCUUUUCCAUAUGAAAAAAAUAAAAGAGCCAUGCACAAGGAUGCUCAUCAUAUUUUUAAUGGCAUUUUGGAAGUUUUGAAGUUUGCGAAACAAGAGAGCACACCUCAACGUGGGGGUUGCUAAUGUGUGCUCGAUCGCACACGCAUUCAGGUCAGUGCCCGAAAAUUGAAAUCCCCUUCCUCGUCUUUCUCGACCUCCACUAGUAGGAGGGGAGGGCGCUGGCUCCCAAUAGCACACACGGAAUGUGGAAAGAACGAGGUGUGCAAUGGAAUGUCUGCUUGGGAGGAGGUGCAGAGCGAUUUUUGUUUCUUGUGUUGAUAAUGUGGACCUACUUUUUAUUAUUGGAAGUCAAUUUUUAGAUAUAUGUUGGCGACGGGAAUUUAUUCACACCUAAAAAUAUGAUUAGGAAUCCUAAAGAAAGAAUUUCGGAAUGGACUUUUAGGCAUCUGUUUAUGGUGCUAUAGGAGGUCUGCCAUUUUGAUACAAAAUCCGUAAAUCCCCAGCCUCUCAUCUAUCGGUGGGCCCAUGGUCACGGUGGUCCACUACUUGGGUUAUAAAAACCCUAAAUCCCUAGCUUCCAACACCCUCCCCCCUCCUUCUUCCUUCCCUAGGCACUCCUCUUUCUCUUCGCGUGGCAGUGGCGGUGGCGCUUGCUUGCCUUUCGUAGCGUGUUGUUUCUUCCUUACCUAUCUUGCCAUGGCGUGGUCUCCUUGGAGCAAGAGGAACACCGAGUCAAAUCCUAUACGCGCUCAGCAUCAUGGGGUCCAGAAUGAAAUGGUUUGUGGGAUAUGUGGCAGCGGUCAUGACCAAGAUAGAAUGGCAAAAUGUAUUCGGUGCAAUGUCUAUCAACAUUGUUAUUGCUUCCCAGUGGUGACAUAUGAUGUUCCUGAUGAAUGGUGUUGUUGUGAGUGCCAAAACAAGUCCAAUUGGGACCAAACUCCUAGUCAAGGUGGGCAAACUAUCAGGAAUAGAGUCCAUCAAGAUAGCCUGAAAAUUCCAAACAAGUUUGAAAAUGCCAAAGUGAAAUACAUUUCUUAUGAAGAGGUGUCAUUAUUGAAUAAUAAUGAGAGACCACCAAAUUGUAGGUCAAAUUUUCAUGUGCGACGUACAAAUAGUCAUGUCCGUCCUGCAUCUCCUCCAAAUGCGAAACAGUCAUCUAGUAGGAGUGACAAUCGUGCUUAUAGCCAGUUCCAUCGGAAAUUUCCAAAUGGGCAGCAGUCCCCCUGUAGGAGUGACACUCAAGGGCCUUUUCUGAAACGAGGUGAUGGUGCAAGUCAGAACCAGACAGAGAUUGCUGGUAUAAACAUGAAACAGAAAGCACAAUCAGGUGAGAUGCUUCGUCCAUGUCAUAGAAGCAGAGCAAUUAGAGGAAAAAUUGACUUUCAGGUUCAAAAUGAGCAGAGGGAAAAGAAGGUAGUUAGUGCAGAUAAAGUAACAAUGAACCCCCAGAGUCGGGAUGAUCCUAGAGAAAAGAGUGGAUCCAAUGUUACAGUAGGUACUGAUAUUGGACGUGGAUCUGAAAUGAGUCCGGACAAUGAUAUAGGCAUGCUGGUGGUCAUUAAUUCAAGUGUGGAAUAUGCAAGACAACCUCCACCAGAAAUUUGUUGGACGGGAUGCUUUCUUGUCUCCAAUGGAUCAAACUGUAAUCCUGCUGAUUUUAAAGCUUACUGCCCAUCAAAAGUGUCGUCUAAAGUUCUCAAUGUCAUCAAGAGCAUGCCUAGUAUAAUAGAGUUGGAUAUAUUGCCUCGAAUGGAUGAAUGGCCAAAAUCUUUUGAGAUAAAUCCACCAGUUUAUGAAGACAUUGGCCUGUUCUUCUUCUCCACUGAACUUGACCGGAAUGGAAAGAGUCAAUCUCAUGUCAUGGAGACGAGCUGCAAUUUUGUUAUGAGGGCAUAUAUCAACAAUAUAAAGUUGCUGAUAUAUUCCUCAGAAGUGCUUCCACCUGAUUCCCAGUGGAUUGAUGGAGAGAGCUACUUAUGGGGUGUCUUUGUGGAUCCCAAGAGGAGGCAUAAGUCUAUGCCAUUUGGUUCCAUUUCUGCAUGACCUCUUGCUUUCCUUGGGCAUAGUGAAAGGUGUGGCUGACUCCAUGGAUAACUGAGAGGACGCGUUUGAUCUAUUUGAUCACAUGGCUGAAGGGAGGAAUCUUGAAUUGAUGAUUUGGGAGGAUUCCGGCUUAUAGGACAAUAAAUAAUCGUUGUUUGGUUCAGAAAUUGAACCACCGAUCUGUAAAACUGCAUGUUAGUCUCACAGAUUGUUGGAAUUACAACCAACUAUGCACUGUUUGUUAUGUUGUAGAACAGAUCAGCCCUAGUACUUUUAUAUACAAAUAAAAUGACAUAAUGGAUACUGAAAUUUGCAGGUAGCAAACCCAUCUAAAAAAGCAUAUCGCUAUAUAUCCUUUUUUUUUUGGCU